AGAUUGCGUGUAUAAAGAGCGACGGGGUGGUUGGCGUGGCAACGGUGAAAGCUUGAGCUGUGUCUUAAAUCAAAAAGGAAAACACUAGUGGAACUGCGAUUGUUUAGAUCAUCGCCAUGAUUGAUUCUCCAGGUGCACAAAUUGUUUUAGCUUCAUCCAGCGACGAGAAUCACCCUCCAGGAAACAUCACUGACGGAAACAUUAAAACCUUUUGGAUGACCACUGGGAUGUUCCCUCAGGAGUUCAUCUUUCGUUUUGCUGAAACAACAAACAUCUCUGCAGUGACAGUGGAUAGCUACAACGUCAAGCAUCUAAAGAUAGAAAAGAAUACGUCACCAAGUGCUGCUCAGUUUGAGCCUGUCGUAGAGAAAGAGUUGGAGCGCACAGAGGGACAUCUUCAGUCCAAUAUUAUUUCACUAAAUGGAAGUGCAACCCACCUUCGCUUUAUCAUCACUGAAGGAUAUGACCACUUUAUAGCAGUUCACAGAGUCAGUGUAAAAAAUUAAAAAUCUGUUAUUUUUAUAACCCUUUAAGUUAACAUGUAUAUAAUAAAUGUAUAUGUGUAACACCAUUGUGCAUACAUUUAAAUGUGAAUAGUAAUCACCCUAAUCUUAUUGCAUCUUUCGACAAAUAAUUUAAUGUGAUGAAAUUAGUUUAGUUUGGUCUCUAUUUCAAAACUUUUUUACAUUUUCUUGUUAUGUAACAUUAUGGACUCACUUGUAAAGCAUUCUGUCCUGCAUUCCAGUGUCCCUGAUAAUUUCACAAGCUGAUAGUUGGCAAAGCUUUAGAUUAAAAGGUUUGGAUUGUGUUGAAUGGCAGACUUCCUUACAAAAGAAUGUCUUUCUCUCUGAGUGAGAGAUAGAGCUAAUUAACUUAUUUUCAGCAGCAGGGCUUUGAAUUUGCUUUAGCACUGUCCCCCCCCCCCCACCAACCUGCCUGCCCACCAGCCAGGAGCGAUAUCCUCCAACGUAAGGUUUAUCCUCCCUAUGGACCGCAGGAAUCAUUGGAUAUGCUGCUGGUGGUGGGCUUGGGAAACCAAAUGACUUCAUAGAAGCUGAAGCUUUAUUUAUGCCAACUAAUGUACCUAAGUCUUGCUCCUACAUCCCUCACACACACACACACACACACACACACACACAAACACACAUUAUUGCACAGAAACACCUCUCUCUCCUCAGUAUCAAACCCCAUUGCCGUUUCAACACGUCAGGAGCCAAAGGCUUCGGCGGCAUGCGAGGCCCCUUUGGGACUCAUCCUCCAAUUACUUGCUGACUGCAGAGGAGCUUGGGAAAUUUGCAAACCCUGUGUUUGCUAAAGCCCGGUCUGCAUACAAGCCUCUGUGUAAACUAAUAAAAUAUGAAAUACGUGCCUGAAUAACUAGCCCCCUGAUAUUUUGGAGCAACUAAUUGCUCAGGGAUACGGCAGGGUUAUAGCACAUUUGAGUAUCUGAGUGUGCAGUGAGUAAUGAGGGCAAGGUAGAAACUGAUACAGUGUUAUUGACUCAUUCAUUAUUUAAGUAUAGAGUAUUUACUAUAAUCCUAAAAGUGACUGUUUGGUGUGAAAUAGAUCAAACUUGUCCUUGGUCCAUUAUUUGUUUGAUGUUUAAGAUUAUGAAUGUUUUAUGUUUGCUGUCAGUGAAAUGAAAAAAGAAACAAACAAAAAAAUAAACCCAACAGAGAUCUUUAAUUUAAAUGCGAAGCAGGUCUGCAGCAGCACCACUCUGUAACUAAUGAAUUCAGACCUUUUUUGUGCUUAACUGUCAGCCGAUCAGGAGAAUCACAGCAGGAUAUGAGAGCAUCAUUAUCAUGUCACAGCAGGGCAGGCAGGGCCAAGUUACCACCGAGUGUCCUCUGACGGCUGCCUGUCCCAAUCAUCCAGGGACAUCUGCUAGGCAGAAUUUCUGUGAAAAGUGAUGCUGAUCGUGACCUUAUGAAGAAAAAAAAAACACCUCAGCUGAACUGCUUCUAAUUUGGGUUUUGAAACAUGAAACAAAGAAAAGUGCAAAAAUUCAAGUAAGGAUCAGCGUGCAGCAAAUGGGUCCGUGGAAAUUCUGUUGGCUACUUUGAGGGAAAAUAUCCGCAUCCUCACGACUCCUAUUUUCUUUCAUGCCAAACCAAUUUGUGUUAUCUCUUCAGUGUAUACCCCCCCACCCAACCUCAUUCAGUCGUUCGCCCCCCCUCCCUUCUUGUCACAAGCACCAACAAUGGGCCUUAAUUUGAUUUCGGCGUUGAUUUGGUCCCAUCAGCUCAUUUAUGACAGAAGCAGAGACGCAGCGAGUUGUUGUGUGAGGAAGGAAACGCUGCCAAAACGCAUUUACUACAUAAUUAGACAGCGAGGGAAACAAUAUUCUUACUUAAGUUCCAAGAGCAAUAGAGAAUGUAAUGAGGGACAAAGAGUCUUGUCAGAGAGAGGUUUGAGUAAGAUGACUUUUAGCAUUUGCUUGAAAAGUAGCAUUUUUUUUAAACCAUAAAACAAUUUCCUAUAUAGAAAUGGUCUAGGUCUAGAGGCACUAUUUGGUGACUCUCAACCAUUGGGACACGGACGACUCCUUGAGAUGCGGUUGCAGACAGCAUAUUUGGAAUAUUUAGGCCUCCAAACCCCAAAAACACCAAACCAUCAGCAAAGGUUAGAGGUGGGUGCAUCAAUGCACCAUACUGGCAGACAUUAUAUAACAACAAAAGAAAAAAAAAAUAUGGAAAAAUUUAAAGCAACAUUCUUGA